ACAUCAGCUGACCAUCAUCAGGAAUCGCAGCGAGCAAAUGAGCGAGCUUUUCGAGGUGGUGGUUGGCUCCUUGGCCCUUUUCUACGCCCUUCGUCGCGGGACCUGGUUCGCCCCACCGGGAGUUCUCCUCGGAGGAAAGGUCACACGGUGGAAAUGGGGGAAUACGGCCAACUCGCUCCUCCACUCGCUCGUGACGGGGGUGGGUGCCUUGAGCUGUUUGUACACGUGUCCAGAACUGGGGGACGAUGUGGUCCACGUCUACUCCCCACUUGCGCACCGUCUCACGGCAUUCUCACUUGGGUAUUUCAUAUUUGAUUUUUUCGACCUGUUCCUCAACCAUCGGAAGAGAUCCGCCUACGAGCUCAUGCUCCAUCAUGCAUUCGUGAUAUCCUGCUUCGGAGUGUCCAUGUUGACCCGUCGUUAUCAGGGGUUCGUCAUGGUGGCCCUGGUCAUCGAGGUCAACUCGGUCUUCCUCCACUGGCGCCAACUCCUCCUCCUCUCCCAAGUCUGCAAGACUGAGACGUACUACAGAACCAUUUCCGCACUCAAUUUGUGCACCUUUCUUCUCUUUCGCCUCGUGCCGCUGGGAUGGAUGGCGCGUUGGCUGGCUACAAACUCGCAGGAGGUCUCGCCGGGAGUGCACGUCCUGGGCUGUGUCACCAACGCCUCCAUCGUCAUCAUGAGCACUGUUCUCUUACUUCGCAUUCUCAAAGCGGACUUUCAGCCUACGAACGACAUUAUGGCUCCGUCCGCCGACCGCAACGAAAAUUCAAUAAAGGGUCCAAUUUGAAACGUGGAGACCAUUAUUUGCGUACAAGUGACCGGAAGUUAGACAAGUGAAAGUCUCUCCUUCAUUCUAAUGAAUGAUUUUUGAUAACAUGAGUAAAUGAAACAUGUCACAUCCUG